AUCGCAAGCAGGAUCAAACAGAGGUGCGCAGGCUGUAGUCUCCGCCUUGAGUCCUCAAGUGUUAAAGUACUUGGAAGCAGGAAUAAACAGCUCAGAUAACACACACUGAAAUUCAAAACAGCUGGUUUUAACGUUAUGGACCGAGAUGUAAGUUGGAUCAUUUGCAUGAAAUAAAACAUGCUUUUUAAAAACAACACAUCGGGCCCAGAUGUUUACAAAUUGCAAUGAACAAAAAGAUGGCUAACUGUUCUAUUUGCGAAUUUGAUGCUUCGAUAACCUGUAAACCUUGUCAACAACAUUUAUGCAAAAAGUGCGUAGGACAGCAUGUGUUGAGAAAAACUGGACAUAAGCACGAAAUUGUGUCAUUUAUACAUGUAGACAAUAAAUUAGUUCUCCCCUAUUGUGAAAAUCACAAUAAUCAAAUAUGUGAACUAAAAUGUCGUCAAUGUCAGACACAUAUUUGUCCAAUGUGCUUCACAAACAAUCAUGUGGACCAUACAAUUGAUGAAAUUGCAAUCCUCGUAGAGGAGAAAAAAGAGGCUAUUAGAAAUGAAAUAGUUGAAAUUGAAGCGAGUGUUCUUCAACUUAGUGACACAGAAAAGCAAGUGAAUAAUAAUUUAUUAUGCACAGAUGAGAAUGUAGGAUUGAUUUUGUCACAAAUGGAGCAACAGAGUUUAGAAUUAAAAAGAAGCGUAGACGAUAUAGUUUGUGAUUACAAAGAUAAUGUGGAAAAUGCAACACUGGAAAAUAAAGGAGCUCUUCUAAAGUUUCUUGAACAAAUAAUAAAGAAAAAAGAAUUUCUACAGAUGACCAUCAACGAGAAAACUACAAUACUUGAUGGUAACAUAGCAGGGGUUAUUCUUGGAUGUCAAAGGAAUUUUAUCGACAAUAUCCCCCCUCUGCUAACCUUCGGACCGGUAGGUACCUUUACACGCAGCGAAAAAUCAAAGGAAGGUCUCCGUGAUUAUCUGGGGAAAUUGUCAUUACAGAACUGCAGCUCUUAUGGGAAUUUACUGUACGUUGAAGGUAACUUAGACGAAAGCACAGAUGAUGUCGAGGAAAUACCAACCAAACGGAACAUCUUGAUUGUCGAUAGACAUGAGUAUUAUGGAAAAGAAGCCCCAUUGACAGCAAUUCAAAUAAGUGAUGGGAGAUUUGGUGUUGUACAGCGAAACAAGAUUUCCCCCAAAAGAGAUAAUAUUCCAAACCAUUUUAAAGGAUGGUGGUUACCAAUCGGGACUUCUGAUGCAGAACUGAUUCUGUCGCCCUCAAAUGUUGAUGUUGGGACAUAUUUUAUCAGUGAAGAGUGUGGAACAUCUUACACAUUGUCAAUCAAGGGACAUUUUAUAGCUCAUGUCAAAAUAUUGAAGUUAAACACCAGUGGUGAUGUUUACAUAAAACGGGAAAACGUCUUCCCCCACCUGCAGUCUCUGAUAGAGUUCUACCAGAAAAGUACGGACAUUUUGGAUGAAAUGCCAUGCAAGCCCUCCAAGAUCUUCCCGCAACCGCUUCCUACAAAACUUUACUCUGGUCAGCAAUUCCAAACACAGGAUUUGAUAAUUGGAGAUUUGUGUGAAGAGUCCUCUCUUUAUUGUCUUUAUUCAGGAACAUUAGAAGGACAUAAGCAUGUUUCAAUCAACGUUUUUGUUAUUGGAAAAUACGAGGAAAUACAUUCUGCUGAUGAUAUAAUACAAGAGGUUGAAGUAAUGAAGUCAUUCUCAGAUGAACACAUACUUCAAUUGAUCGGGUUUGUGUCACAGCCACCACCUUUGAUGAUAAUCACGGAACCCGUGACCGGGAACUUGCAACGUUACUGUAGGAAUGUUACGUAUCUAUGUCAGAACGAUAUUUUCGUCAUUCUAGAACAGAUUAUCAAAGGUAUGUACUAUAUCCAUAAACGAGGAUUUGCCCACGGAUGUCUCCGUUCUGAGAGCAUACUUCUAGGGGAACGUCUACAAGUAAAAAUUGGACGGUUCCACUGUUCGAAAUACCUUGAAAAAGACCCAAUUGUUAUCAACAAAAAUCUGCCAUCAGUGAGAUGGUCUCCACCCGAGCUUUUACUUCAAAAGCGGUUUGGGACGAAAUCAGACGUGUGGGCGUUCGGAAUUCUCCUUCACGAAAUUUUCACAUUUGGAAAUCUACCUUAUGCCGACCUAGAAGACUACGAAAUAGGUUUGAAGCUAGAGAUGGGUUUUAGACUUCCAAGACCGUAUGGGAUAUGCAGUGAACACUAUUACCGCAUCAUGCAAUUAUGCUGGAGCAAAUAUGAAUCACGGCGUCCAACAUUUACACAAUUAGAAAAUAAAAUCAAGCAAACACUACAGCCCUCAGACUCUGAAGAAGUUCAAGAAAUUCCGAUCCAACUUCAAGAGUGUUGGCUACCACUUGGCAAGGGAAGGGCAGCGGAACUUUUAUCACGAGAAAACAUCCACCCUGGAACUUAUUUCAUCAGUGAAGCAUUGGAUGACGAACGUUCAUUUACCUUGUCAUUGAAAUACGUUGACGCUUCCCAGAUCCCGGGUGUUGCACAUAUUGAAAUCAAGCAGUGUGGUGAAGAAAACAUUCAGUAUUAUAUGCCUGCAGAUGCGUGUAGUGACGAACGUUUCUCUAACAUAUCCACUCUAUUGAAAUAUCAUCAAGAUAUAGAAAUAUCAGAACGGUACGGAAGAUUGACAGAUCCUUACAAACAUGAAACAUCAUUGAUACCAUUCACUGGUUUUGAGAUUGAUAGAACUGCAAUCACGCUCUGUGGAACAUUACAGACUUGUCACUGCUUCGACAUUUAUAAAGGUUGUUUGAAAUCAGCCAAAAGAUAUUCAAUUUUCAUUUACAAACUUCUGGAAGAGAAACAGAAAACAAAACGUAUUUCUAGACCUAGGUUCAGACUGGGUGACGAUGCAGUCCGAGAAGCCAUAAAUCUUUGUAAAUUUUCCAAUGAAAAUAUACUAGAAAUAUUUGGAAUGUGCAGCAAAGGUUCUCCUUUCGUCAUCGUGACUGAUCUUGUAAACUGCACUCUGCUUCAUUAUGUACGGAGAAACGAUGUGAACUUCACCUCCCAAGAAAUAAAUGAUGCGCUCAUAAAAAUAUCAAACGGAAUGGUGUUUCUUCACCAAAGUAAGUAUUCUCAUAGGGAUUUAUGUGCAUCAAACAUUUUUCUCGGAGAAAGGAACACUUUGAAAGUAGGAGGACUUCACUUUGCUGAAUAUUUGCACUGCGACCCAAUGAAGAUGAGUAAGAUUAUGAGUGAAGAACUUCCUUUCCAGGACCGUUGGUCUGCUCCUGAGAUUCUACACAGAAAAAAAUUUGGAUCAAAAUCAGACUUGUGGUCUUUUGGAGUUGUUAUAUUCGAAAUAAUCUCCAAAGGGGAAGUUCCAUACAAAAACCUCGAAGACUCAGAAAUCAAAGAAAAAGUUACAAAUGAACACCGCAUGUCUCGGCAUAAAGAUUGUACCGACUUUCUUCAUGGGAUAAUGGAGAUAUGCUGGAAAGAUGAUCUAUCAAGCAGACCUACAUUUCAAUCGAUGAAACAAAUAUUGGUUAAUCAAGGAUCCAGUAAAUCUUUUAAAAGAAAAGAAAUACAGAAAUUUCUAAGUACCUAGAUGAUUUGAGUAUUUUCAUGUUUGCUUAAUGAUGUAUAUGCUUCGUAAAUUAUUCCCAUAUUUAUGUAACAAUAUUCCAUUAUUACCUGCACUUGGUGCUUAUAUAUCUCAACUGAUUGGAAACGCAAGACCUUGUUCUGCAUGUGGUCAGUAUUUAAAUCGAGGCAAGCUACUGACAAACAAGUUGAUGGUACAGGGGUUUCGACAGUUUCGACUGAAGUCAGCAUUUCGCACAUUCUAUGGUCGUUAUAACGUUUGCCAAUACAACCUAUCAUUGGGUCAAAUGCUGUUUGACGUAUUUCAUACCGAUUGUUAGGUCGUUCUUCGUACACUGAUUUUGACAACGGAUAUCACUGUUAACCUGAUCAAGAUAUAGGUCUCACGGCGGGUGUGACCGGUCAAUAGUAAUCUUCACCCUUCUAUGCACCUAUAAUUAGUAUUAUAGCUGGUAGUUAAUGAAUAUCGUUGGUUUAGGAAUUCUGUUGUUGAUUUCUUUUCUAUAUAGUUACCACGUGUAAUUGGUUUCUUUGAUCCAAGGAAGGGAUGGAAUGUCCCUUAUAUAUAUAUAUAUAUAUAUAUAUAUAUAUAUAUAUAUCCAAAUUGUGUUUUUAAAAAAAUCACCGUGUCCGGUAUAAAAUAUUAAAAGAAAUAAAAUAAACAGUACACAAAGUUAAAAAUUAUGACGUCAGGCCAUUUCAAAACUAUUUUAAAAUGUAACGCCUGAGGAUUAUAAAAUGAAAGCGCUUGCGUUAAAUUUUUAACUUUGUGUACUGUUUAUUUUAUUUCUUUUAAUAUAUAUAUAUAUAUAUAUAUAUAUAUAUAUAUAUAUAUACAGUGAAACUUCUCCAAACCGGCCCCUCAGAAAACCGGUUCUCCCUGAAUAUCGGCCGAUUUUCAAAGUCCCGGCAGAAAUCUUAACAUUUCCUUACAAAGAAAGUCUUACAAAACCGGCCACCCCUGAAAACCGGACAUCGACCACUUUUUAAAGUACAUUUGUUAACAAGCAUGUGUAUUUUACCCUUAACAUACCGGCCACUUUUUGAGACAAGAAAAGUUUGGCCAGAGGAAGAUCAAGAUUGUCCAGGUGUGCAAAUUGACUGACCUACUGGCCAGGUGGGAAAUUAUCGACUGGAGGUGUGAAAAACACUAGUGGCCUCUUUAUUUUCUAAUGUUUACCUGUGCUGUCAAGGGUGUUAACUGACACUUAGCUAACCCAAGGGACCCUUCCAAAUUCUGUACAAAAUGUAAAAAACAGUUCGGAACAUAUCGAAUGAAUACAGUAUCAGACGCCAUAUUGUUACACUACAUUACCGUAUGGGUAUAUAAGCGGUAGUUAAUAAAGAACAAACCCAUGACUGUUAAUGAUAAUUAUUAAAAGAUAGAUUAAUUUUCUUGGUUUCCAUAGACUUAAAAUUCCAAAGAAAUAUUCAAAUUACAAUUUCAUUUUUACUACUGUACUUUUUAAAAACGUCAAAACAAAAUUGUUAAUGACAUAAGCGAUGAAUGUAAACAGAGUUUUUAUAGGUAAGAGGAAUUCCAAUAAUAGGCCUCUGUGUUUUCUUUAUGUAUCCUGUUAUAGAUUUUCAGUUGAAAAUUAGAGGAUUUCAGCGAGAAUAUUUCUUGUAAUUCAUAAUUACCUUUAGGUACAAGCGGACUAGUUUAAUCUCCACCGAUAAUUGAUCAUAGAUCACCAGAUGAAAGUGAACAGUACCUACUUUGUGAAUAUUGAGAUGAAACGUCUAUAAUUGCUCAAUUCUCAGUAUACCGGCCAUCCCUCUAAACCGGCCGUUUUUUCCAGUCCGAGAGCCGGCCGGUUUAGAGAAGUUUCACUGUAUAUAUAUAUAUAUAUAUAUAUAUAUAUAUAUAUAUAUAUAACUGCAUAUGAUACCUGUUACAAGGAAUGUGCAAACUGUAUAUGAAAGGUCAAGAUACCGACCAGAAAUCAAUCUCAUAACUCCUAUAAGCAAUACAAAAUAGAAAGUUGGGCAAACACGGCCCCUGGAUACACCAGAGGUGGGAUCAGGUGCCUUGGAGGACUAAGCAUCCACUGUCGACCGGAUACGUCCAUCGUGAGUACUAUAUCUUGAUCAGGUAAACGUAGUUAUCCGUAGUCAAAAUCAGUGUGCCUAGAACGGCCUGACAAUCGGUAUUAAACAAGACGAACAGCAUUUGUUUAAUGCUCCUUUGAAUAGAUUAUGUUUCAAAUGUUGGAAUUAUUUUUUCGUGACUAUUCAGCACUGUUUUAUGAUAUUGUAUCCAUGUGAUAGUUUUCAAGUUUUGAGAAUAUUUAGCUUAUCAAGUUACUUUGCAUUUCGAAAAUCACUUCUUUAAUUUUUUAUGAAAAAUAUUUUCCACAUUAUCAUUUCACACAAAGAUUUUAUUUGACUAUAGGCGAUACAUGAUCAAUUUACGUGUGUGUCCCAUACAAUAUUAAAAAAGCUAAAAAUGACCUAAACGUUCAGUUUACUCACAAAACCAAAGACGAGUAGUUGCCUAUCGGUAACAUUGGGGUCCGUGUUUGCCCAAAUCUCUAGUUUGUAUUGAUUAAAUGGGAGUUAUGAGAUUGAUCACUGUUCGUUAUCUUAACCUUUCAUAUACAUUUUAAGUGUCGAUUGAAUUGUCAUCCCACAUCUGGUGACGUCACGAAGUGAGUGAAAAAUCCUCCAAGGGACUAAAAACACAAAUCCACAAGAAAAGAAUCAAAACACAGUGGCUGUGUAAAAUUGUUUCUAUGCUGUCACAAAGCUGACCAAUAUCUGUGAAUGAUUAGAUGUCGACAAAGAGUUCAAAUUUUCAACCUUUUUUUUUUUUUUUUUUUUGGUUGCUUUAGAAAUGUUUAAUAUUUGUUUUGAUAUGUGUAUGUAUUGUAAAUUAAAGAAAUAUUGAAUCACAA